GGGGAAGCUCAGGCUGCCCUCGGGCUGACUCUUCCCCAGCAGCUGGAGACUGGCCGGGGCCAUGGCUUGUCUUUCCGGCUGGGGCUGCUUCAUUCCCGCGGGGCGGCUCCGGGAGGGAGAGCCCAGUGACCUCGUUUGUGGGGGCGGGGUUGGGGCAGGCCUGGACCAUGGCGGGUUGACCCUCUCCCCAGACCUGACUCCGUUCUUGGGGGCCAAGCAGGGGUUUCUGACGUGCUUGGGGAUGAGAGCAGGCCCAGGGGGACCCUUGAAGCCUGGCACCCCCAGCCCCAGACUCCUGGGAGUGGGGGAGCCAGGAGUGCCCUGCCCAACUUGGUUGAGGGGCGGGACCUGUGCCGCCUGGCCCCUCCCUGAACAGGGCCUCAAAUAGCUGGUGGCAGUGCCAGGCUGCUGCCAGUGGGGCAGCCGGUGCCGUCUGGAAACUCAGCCUGGCCUUCAGCCCCCUGCUGCGACCAGAACUCAGCCUCGGCCCCACCCACAUCCCAGCCCGCUCCCUUCGCUAUGGGUGGGCCCCACGCCCUACUGGCAGCUCUCUGGGCACUGGGGGCCGCUGGGGCCAGCGCGCUGCGCAUCGGAGCCUUCAACAUCCAAAGCUUCGGCGACAGCAAAGUGUCUGACCCCGCGUGCGGCGACAUCAUUGCACAGAUCCUGGCUGGCUACGACAUCGCGCUGGUGCAGGAGGUGCGGGACCCGGACCUGAGCGCAGUGUCCCAGCUCAUGAAGCUGAUCAACAGCGUGUCCACACACGAGUACAGCUUUGUCAACAGUGAGCCCCUGGGUCGGGACCACUACAAGGAGAUGUACCUGUUCGUGUACAGGAAGGACGCAGUGUCCGUCACGGACACGUACCAGUAUCCGGACCCGGAGGACGCCUUCAGCCGAGAGCCUUUCGUGGUCAAGUUCGCGGUCCCUGGCUCAGGUGACGCGCCGCCCCCGCCCCGCCCCGCCCCGCCCCUGCCUCCCGCCUCAUGCCCCGCCCCUCCCGCAGCCGCCCGAGAGCUGGUCCUGGUCCCGCUGCACGCGGCGCCGCACCGGGCGGUGGCGGAGAUCGACGCUCUGUACGACGUGUACCUGGACGUGAUUGACAAGUGGGGCACUGACGACAUGCUCUUCUUGGGCGACUUCAACGCCGACUGCAGCUACGUGCGGGCGCAGGAUUGGGCGGGCAUCCGCCUGCGGAGCAGCGAGAUCUUUAAGUGGCUCAUCCCGGAUAGCGCUGACACCACGGUGGGCAACUCGGACUGCGCCUACGACCGCAUCGUGGUCUGCGGGCCCCACCUUCGCAAGAGCUUGAAGCCACAGUCUGCGCUGGUCCAUGACUUCCGGGAGGCGUUUGGCCUGGACCAGGCCCGGGCUCUCGCCAUCAGCGAUCACUUUCCUGUGGAGGUGACUCUCAAGUCCCACUGACAGCCUGGGGACCUGCACACUGGCCAUAAGGAAGGCCCCACAAGCAACUCAGGGUGGCAGGCCAUCCCCAUUAAGGCAACAGGGGCAGCUGGGCCUGGACAAGCGGCCACAAACACUUUGGGGUCACCGGGACCUUGUCCCCCAUGCGCAGACCGGAUUCUGAUGCCCACAUCCAGGGCUGUGAGGGAUGCGAGGCGGCUUUGCCCAAUAAACAAGUAGGCUCAGCCUGGA